GCAUCUUCCCAUGGCCCCCGUUUUGUUACUCAAGAAAUGUUGCAACAUUCCCGGCAGGCUUCGCUUCCCCAGAUGGUGCCUCCCAAUAGCUCUCCAUUAACUACAGCCCUCAACGCCCCCAUGGUUGCGCCUCCCACACUUGCUCCUCUUGCAGCUCUGCUUAACCCAGAGAGUAUGGGUUUAGAUGAAAGAAGAGUAAAUCUCUUGAAACGCAUGAGUCAAGACCAUGAGCCAAGCAGUGGAGGAGGAGGGGGAGGAGGAGGCGGAGUAGCAGCAGCAGCAGCAGCAGCAGCAGCUGGUGGUGGUGGCAGUGGUGGAGGGGGAGGGGGAGGUGCAAUAGCUGGAACCACUCAGAGCACUGCAAGUCAUGAGUCUACACCUAAAAUGCCCCGUAGAGAGACCGAGGAAGAAUCAGGAAGUCAACAAGUUCCUCAUGCCUCACUGUUCAUGAGUCCUCAAGAGCAACCAACUAAGCAACCAGUUGCAAAUGUUCUAACACCUAUUCCACAUGAAUUGACUGUGAAUGCACAGCAAGAGCUACGUGAACAAGCCAGGACGCACCCCAGGAUCUGGACAGAAGGAGCGAUCUAUUUGGGAAGAGUCUCGUGCACAGGAGCUUAUACAGCGUGUCCUCAACAAGGAGCUUUCACUCACUGCAGCAGCUGUAAGACUUGGUGUAGACACAAAUACUUUCUUUGCACACCUGACAGACAAUGGCAAGAACAAAAGCCGCGUUGCACUUCUCCUAGGCACAGACAACAGUAGUUCAGAAAAUACAUUUGGCAAUGCUAACCACAGUGAAGAUUCAAAUUCUGCCAAUGCUGCUGUUGAUGCUGUUGGAGAUGAUUCCAACCCUCCAGAAAACAGUGGUGGUUUAGUAAGUGAAGACAGCAAUAUGGAAAGCAUUGCCGAGAAUUCUCACAAUGGGUCAGAGGUUAAUGGGGAAAAGGAUGAUAGUGAAGAACCAGAGAUUAUAGAUGACUCAAAUACAACAGUAAGGUCUUCAGAACACAUACCAGCAUUAGAAGAAAUAACGGUGGAAGGAAAUGAUGGAGAUGACCAAAUUAUCUCUGAUCAGGGUAGCACUGAUCAACCCAUGGAAUCAUUCCAGUCCAUGGUUGAGGAGGAAUCUGGGAAUAUGUAUACAGAAACAACCUAAGAUAGGGAUGAAGAAGAAACCAGGCACAAAAAUCCAGCUGAUUGUCCUAUGUUUGUAUCUGAUGUGAGCUUUAAGGUCAGUUCUGAUUAGUGUAGGAGCAAGCAUGGCUCAACCUCAGUAAUGUCAGCCAUGAUUCAGUAGGAUGCUAGAUGUAAAGGUUUCUCCAACCUCAAAGAUGACAAAUUUGCAGUGAGUUGUGAGGGCUAUUAACUACUCAAAGAAGCGUUGGCUUUAGUGACGGAAAUGAAAAGUAUAUAAAAGGAACAGGGAGAGAUGAAAUAUGACCUGCUUGAUUGCAUUGAUGCUAGUAUGUCAAGUAUUUCUUUAUGACAGAGUUGGUUUUUUGAAGAGUAUUGAAUGGAUAUAGUAAAUCUAGCCAGUUUUCUGUGUUUGUUUUGUUUCAAAAUAUUUUGUCUUUCUAAAACUAAACAUUGAAUGAACCUCCUGAGGCAUUACUGUGAUGCCAUAGUUAGUCACGGUACAAGUAAAGGUACAAGGCUAGGAAAUUAGUACAUGGAGUCCUGUAGGCUCUUUUGGAGUAAAAAAAAGAAACUAAAGGUUCCUUGCAGUAGAUGCUGAUGCUAUGGUUACAUUAUUGAUUUAUUUCAUGGAAGAACAGUUAUAAAAUGAUUCACAGCAGUACAUAUAAUCCUACUUGAUGUUCACCUUCUGAAUCAAUUUUUUUAUAUUUUUUUUAUACAAUAUUUACUUUCUUAUUAAUUUUGUUGCUUAAAUUAUUAACAAUUAUAAAAACAACCAUUGGAAAUUUGUAAAAGAAAAAAUAUUUAUACGUAUUAUCACAUAGUUGACAAGCACACAUGGGACUCAUGUUUUUGCCAAUAUCUGUCAUUUAUAUAAUUUAGACAUAUAAUUAAAUUGACAGUGUUUUCUUAUCAGUAAUUAUUUGAUAAAUAUAUUAUCUUCUGUAGGUAUAAAUUUCCAUGACAGUAUAGAACUGCAAACCUUCCAUGUUUCUGGCACCCCAGCUGAAAAAGUGAUUUUCAAGUUUCACCAAGGGGAAUUUUUGAUGCAGGCAUUUAUGGAUCAGAAAAUGUACAUUUCAUUGGUAUAUUUCAAAUAUGUCAGUAAAAUGCAAAGUUUAAAAAGUUAUCACAGUUACCCCUUGGUUAUGGAUGAAUAUGGGAAAAGAUUAUUCUGAUUAUAUAAAUGCAAUACAUAAAGAAAAAAGAUUAUCAUGGAAAAUGAUAUGGGUAUUCAGAUGUAUUUAUAUGUAUAUAGACAUAUAGAUAGUAAAAAGAUGAUGAUAUACCAGGAGGUAACUGAGAUAGUAAUAGCAUGGUAUGUGGAGGGCAAUGAAAGAGAGGAAAAGAUAUAAGGUUUGGCGGGAAUAUGCUAUACAGUACCCAAAUUACUACAUCACACACAUUACACUACCUCCACAUGAGUGCAGGCAAACAUGAUUGUGUAAUUAGCCUAGGCAGAGCCCAAGAGCACCAGGUAUAUAUUAGAUACUGUUUGUCUCAUAACAAAAAAAAACUUGUGGGAAGAAAUCCCACCUGUUUUUGACUGGCAUACCACAGCAAUCUCAAAUGGGAUUGUGCAGAGCUUGCAUCAUGGUGAAUAGGACUUAAUAGGGGUUGAUAAAUAAAUCUACUGGGUAGACUACUUUACUUCAUGGAAGGUUGCACUGUAUUGUGCAUCAAAUGUCAGCCCUGUGACUUCAGGUUCUUUUCUAUAUGUUUUUAUAUAAGUUAAAGUACAAAAUGUUAUAUUGAUUACCAGUGGUUAUAUGUAUAGAUAUUGAUAAUUUGUGAUUAGAAAUGCUAGAAAAUCAAUUAUUGAAUGUUUAGAAUUACAAUUUAGGAGGUGAAUUGCCAAGUAGGAUUAUAUAUGUAUCUUACCAUGAAUCUUAUGAAGAUACUUUGUGACCAAAACUUGGCUGAGAAAUGAAAGCGUAAGUCAGAACUGAAGAUACAUUAAAUACCAAGUGCCAUCAUAAAAUUGGUCACUGAAGGAGGCAGCUUGUAUUUCUUUCAUAUCCAACAGAAUGAUAACCAUCAUCAUAUAGGACAAUUUUCAUUUUUAAAGUGGUGGCCAGAGCCAAAAAAUGUUCUUUUUUCUUUUUUCUUGCUCUGUGGUAUCAUGUGAUGAAGUUAAUCAGUAGUUAUAAUUGAUAUAAUGAGUAAUUUUGAUGACAUCAGCCCAUAAAGUCUUCCUGCUAUGCAUCAAGUUUAAGUUUCCAGAAAAGCACAGGAGCCUUGGUGACAUCACAGAAGCAUUCAGUCUCCUUAGGUCCAUCUCUAGCUCCUCUCCUAAUCAUCCUUCUACCACAUUCACAGUCUCCUUUUCACUCAUUCAUCUGUGUCAUUAUUUGUAAAACAAGUUUUAUCAGAAAAAUGUUGUAAAUCUGAGAAAAUUUGUCAGUUCUUCAUCAGACACCAAAGCAGCAUCGGCCAAUUUUAUGCUGUUAUGUCAUCAAACCUUCCUGCAUUUUCUGGGGUGCACAUUUGGCUCAAUGGCUGGAUGCACUUUAAGAGCAAUUUCUGUCAAAACUGCUUAUCAGUACUAAAUUCAAUUGAUAGCUUUUAUCAGAUGAUACCAAAGAAUAGAUCCUAGCAAAAUAAAAUGGGACAGGCCAUCCCCUUUACACUUUAGAGAGAUGAAAUUCAUGUGAAUGAUAGAAAAUAUGGCAUUGUAUGUCUGUGACAUGAAGUUAUCAUAAUUUCCUUUCUCUCCCUUCCUCUCAAUCCUUCCUCCUCCACCCCCCCUCUCUCUCUCU